AUGACAAUAUUUACAAUUUCCGGUCUUCAUCCUGAAGAGAUUCAAUGUUUAGCAUCGGAUAAGUUUCUUAUAUUCUCUGCAAGUGGUAAAGUCAUCUAUGGAUGGCGACGGGGUAAUGAAAUAAAGUAUAAAUACAUCGGACAUUCAUUGAAAGUUCACAUCAUACUUCCAUUCGGCGAACAUUUAAUAUCAAUUGAUGAAAGCAGUUUACUCAAGGUUUGGAACAAAAGAGAUGAAACGGUAUAUCUUGAGAUCCCUUUCGACAAUGAAACUUUUAAAAUAAGUGCCGUUAUGCAUCCAAACACUUACAUUAACAAAGUUCUAAUCGGAAGCGAACAAGGAAACUUACAGUUGUGGAAUGUUCGUCACGGAAAACUUAUCUAUACGUACAAAGGAUUCGAGAGUAAAGUUACUGUAUUAGAACAAGCACCAGCUUUAGAUGUUGCUGGAGUUGGAUUGUCAAAUGGAAAAAUCAUCCUAUUGAAUUUAAAAGUUGAUAUUGUGUUGAUGGAAUUCACUCAGGAAUGGGGAACUGUAACAGGAAUAUCGUUCAGAACUGAUGGUCCACCUUUAAUGGCAACAUCGAGUAUCAGUGGUCAAAUAGCAUUUUGGAACUUGGAAGAGAAGAAAGUUGUGGGCACUCUUUUAGCUCAUAACGAUGGAAUUUUUACAUUAAAAUUCAUGCCGAAUGAGCCGCUUUUGUUGACAACUUCAUCAGACAACUCACUGAAAUUGUGGAUUUUUGAUAAACUCGAUGGAAGUCCACGUUUGUUAAGAUAUCGUGAAGGUCAUUCGGCUUCUCCGCUUUGUAUUAGAUAUCAUGGUGCAAAAGGCGACAGCAUUUUAUCAGCUGGUGAAGAUUCCUCGUUAAGAAUAUUUAGCACAAUUUCUGAGACAUUAAAUGCCAGCUUAGGACGAGCAAGUUACAAUCGAACAGCUUCAAAGAAACUUAAUAAACUUGAAGAAGAUCAUCAUUUGAUGCCACCAAUCACACAAUUUACAUCUGAAACAACACGAGAAAAACAUUGGGAUAGCAUCGUUGCACUUCACAAUGGAUUAAAUGUUGCAACAACAUGGUCAUUUGAUAAACGUAAAAUGGGUGACUUGACGUUGUUACCACAAAAAGAUAAAUCAAAGAAACGGAAAGAUUUUCGUGUCAUUGCUUCAAGUUUAAUUAUGAGUCAUUGUGGAAAUUUUGUAACAGUUGGCUAUUCAUCGGGUGAUGUUGAACGAUUUAAUGUUCAAUCGGGACUUCAUCGUGCAAGUUAUGGAACGCCAGCUCAUAAAUCAGAAGUUCGAGGAGUUUGGAUGGACAAUUUAAAUCAAAUUGUUAUCAGUGGAUCAAGUGAUCAGCUUGUAAAGUUCUGGAACUUUAAAACUGAUACCAACCAAUCAAUUGCAGCAAUAAAAAUGCCUGACAGCAUCGUCAUGUUUCGUGGACAUCGAGAAAGUUCAAUGUUGUGUGUGACACUUGAAGACUUCUCAAUUUAUGUCAUCGAUUAUGAUACUAAAAGUAUUGUGAGAAAAUUCAUUGGACAUUCAGCACCAAUCACUGAUGCAUGUUUCAGUCCUGACAGUCGAUGGCUCAUCACUGCCAGUAUGGAUUGCACAAUAAGAACUUGGGAUAUUCCAUCAUCUUAUCUUAUCGAUCAAUUUAAAAUGUCACAACCUUGCAUUUCAAUGACAAUGUCACCUACUGGUGACUUUCUAGCAACAGCCCAUGUUGACUUUCUCGGUGUUUAUUUGUGGGCGAAUAAAACUCUUUACGAACAUAUUUCGAUUCGUGCUGUUGAUCCUGAAAGUGAACCACAAACAAUGGAACUUCCUAAUUUGAAUCAUUUCGAACGUAAAAAUGAUUUGAUUUCAAUGUUUGACCGUGUGAAAGUUGAUGAUGACGACGGUGAAUUAAUAGAGAAUAAUUACAAAAGUCCACUUCAAAUUGAUGACGAUUUGAUUACAAUGUCGACACUUGUUGAGUCGAAAUGGAAGAAUCUUUUGAGUCUUGACAUCAUUAAAAAGAGAAAUAAACCAAAAGAGGCACCAAAAAAGAUGAAAAAUGCGCCAUUCUUUCUACCAACAAUUUCUGGAAUUGAUUUCAAAUUCAAUGUCGAUGGAUUUGUUGAAGACGAUGAAAAUUCACAAAUAAUAAGAAAAGCAAAUUUAGAAAAUCUCACAACAUUUGGAAUAAUUCUCACUAAAUCAGCUGAAACGAAAGAUUACACAAAUGCAAUUCAACAUUUAACAAAUUUAAAUCCAUCAAUGAUUGACUACGAAAUUCGUUCAUUGUCGCCGAUUGGUGGUGGUUCCAUUAGCCUUAUGACAAAUUUCCUCGAGAUGAUCAUCGAAAUGUUUGCUUCAAAUCGAUUUUUUGAACUUGCUCAGUCAUAUCUUGCGCUUUUCUUGAAGGCUCAUAACGAAGACAUCUUAAAGAGUAAAGAACUUGUUGAUCUUUUAAGCUCCGUUGAAAAAGCUUCCAAUGAAGGAUGGAAUAAGAUUGAAGAUAAACUUUUCUAUGGAAUUGGCGUUGUGAAUAAUCUGAGAAAUUUU